UGUGGGCAGGAGACACUGGGGAGUGCAGCCACAGUGAGGGCAAAUUAGUGAUCCAGAAGCCACUGCACCAUGGGCAUCUCUGCAUUCAACCCCACCAGAUUCCCAGGAAGCAUUUCUGGGCUCCUCCAAGUGGCCUCCCUGCUCGCCCUGCUUCUGCUACUGUUCAAGGCAGCCCAGCUCUACCUGCACAGACAAUGGCUGCUCAAAGCUGUCCAGCAGUUCCCGUGUCCACCCUCCCACUGGCUCUUCGGGCACAAACAGGAGUUCCAAAAGGAUCAGGAGCUGCAACAAAUGUUAAAAUGGGCAGAGAAAUUCCCAAGUGCCUGUCCACGCUGGUUCAGGGGCAAUAAGCUUACUGUCCUGAUCUACAAUCCUGACUACAUGAAGGUGAUUCUGGGGAGAUCAGAUCCAAAAGCUCAUGAUAUCUACAAAUUGGUAUCUCCCUGGAUUGGCUAUGGAUUGCUCCUGUUAAAUGGGCCAACAUGGUUCCAGCACCGGCGGAUGUUAACCCCAGCCUUCCACUAUGACAUCUUGAAGCCCUAUGUGGCUGUUGUAGCCAACUCUGUCCAAGUCAUGCUGGACAGAUGGGAGCAGCUUAUCAGUGAGGACUCCCCUCUGGAGAUCUUUCAACAUGUUUCCUUGAUGACACUGGACUCCAUCAUGAAAUGUGCCUUCAGCCACAAGAGCUCUGCCCAAUCAGACAGGAAUUCUCACUCCUACCUCCAAGCCAUUGCAGACCUAAAGGAUCUGAUUUUUUACCGUAUAAGAAGCAUCAUUCAUCAGAAUGACAUCAUCUACAGUUUGUCUUCAAAUGGCCAAUUGUUCAAACAAGCCUGCAAGCUUGCCCAUGAGCAUACAGACCAAGUGAUCAAGCAGAGGAAGUCUCAGCUGCAGAAUGAGACAGAGCUAGAGAAGAUCAAGAGGACAAGGCACUUGGAUUUCCUGGAUAUCCUCUUGUUUGCCAAAAUGGAGGAUGGGAAUAGCUUCUCUAAUAAGGAUCUGCGUGCUGAAGUGGAUACGUUCAUGUUCGAGGGUCACGAUACCACAGCCAGUGGUAUCUCCUGGAUCCUCUAUGCUCUAGCUGCACACCCUGAUCAUCAACAGAGGUGCAGAGAGGAGGUCCAGAGUAUCCUGGGGGAUGAAGCCUCCAUCACUUGGGAACAUCUGGACCAAAUGUCCUAUAUGACCAUGUGCAUCAAGGAGGCAAUGAGGAUCUAUCCACCUGUACCAAGUGUGAGCAGAGAACUUAGCAAACCUGUCACCUUCCCUGAUGGACGGUCCUUACCCAAAGGUAUCAUUGUCUCACUUUCCAUUUAUACCCUUCAUCACAAUCCAAAGGUGUGGCCAAACCCAGAGGUGUUUGACCCUUUUCGGUUUGCAGUGGAUUCUACCCGACACAGCCAUUCAUUCCUGCCCUUCUCGGGAGGAUCAAGGAACUGCAUUGGUAAACAAUUUGCCAUGAAUGAGAUGAAGGUGGCUGUGGCCCUGACACUGCUUCGCUUCGAGCUGCUGCCAGACCCCACCAGGACCCCACUGCCUGUGCCACGACUUGUGUUGAAGUCCAAGAAUGGGAUCUAUCUGUAUCUCAGGAAGCUGAAAUAAUCUUGGUGGGGACAAGAACAGCUCCGAGGGUCUCCUGCCUGACAUCCCAUUUCCCUGUACCUGUUCCAGUCCAUUAUCCUCCCACUUUCCCACCAGCCUGCCCUUUUGCUUCCCAUCUUCAGCACUACUGGAAAAUAUGAUUACUUAAAUUCAAUAUUUAGAACUCAAAUAAAUGAUCAUAAUUUACUUCAAUUCAGUAAUUAUGUAUGAAUAAAGUUAACAAACCUUUAAUGGCAGUACCGUGCAGUAGUUCCCCUGUAUCCAUGGAAGAUACAUUCCGAGAUGGCCAGGGAAUGCACUGAACGUUACUAUAUUAUGAUAUGUUUUGUCUUCUAUCACACACUUACAAUAAAACUUAAUUUAUAAAUU